AUGUCCUACCAUGCACAAAACAUUGUGGAACAGGGUAAUGUGAUGAUCAUCCCAAACACAAAGAACAAAGCAGUUUAUAUUAUGAAGAAGGUUCCAACAAGUAUUGGGCUAGACAACUACAAGAAUGUACUACAGUUUGGAGAGUUAUCAUGUUCAUCGCUGAAGCAGACAUCAGUUCUAAUGGAAGAGGUUGUUGUACCUGUCCUAUCUAAUAAGAAGAAUCACCGGUCUUGGCCCUGUUUUAUUUCUGAAGACAUGGAUCAUCAUGUGGAGGAUAUGAAGAAUAAGAUACAUAUUGUAAAGGGUCUUUUAGCAGGAAAAACAAUUUUACCAAUUCCGACCACGGCAACAACAAUUGAACCAAUCCAGUACAGUGCAAACAACAAGGAAACCCAAUUUGCCAGAGGAGCCCUACACACAUUUGAAUCAAUGAUCAUAAAAUGGUCUUAUCAGAUACGGGAUAUAGUAGAAAGGGAUUCUUCACAGCCUCUGGUCCAGGGUCACAACCCUGGUCCAGAAACAGAGCUCGAUUUCUGGAAGACAAGACGAGAAAAUCUUACAAGCAUUUUUGAGCAGCUCCAGUCGCCUGCUGUUCAGAAAAUGGCUACUAUUUUGGAGGAGAAAGAAAGCAGCUACUAUCCAAUAUUCCAGAACAUCACAAAAGAAGUAAAAGAGGCACUUUGUGAAGCUGAAGAUGUGGAUCUACACCUGAAAGCGCUCAAGCCACAUAUAAAAUCACUGGAGGAGGCAGAAUUCCCUCACAUCCAAACUUUAAUUGCUCCUUUGCUUCAUACUAUCUGUUUGAUCUGGAGUCACUCCAGGUUUUACUGUGUUCCCGCUCGGAUUAUUGUCCUCCUGCAGGAGUUUUGUAAUUUAUUCAUUCAACAGGCAAAAUCAUAUCUUUCACCGGAAGACCUCUUCAAAGAGGAAACUGAAGAUGCUUUGGAGCAUGUGCAAGUUGCACUCGGUGUGCUCAGGAACUUUAAACAUUCAUUUCUAAGUCACAGAAGUAAAUUGGGGACAUUUUACAGAGAUGGCAAAAGGUUCAAACCUUGGGAUUUCAAAUCUCAAAUGGUGUUUGCAAGAUAUGACAGAUUUCUUGAGCGAUUAAUGAAGAUUGAGGAUAUUUUUGUAACAAUGCUUGAAUUUCAAAGACUUGAAAAGCUUGAGUUUGGUGGGAAUAAGGGCAAAACCUUAAAUGAACAUGUGUGUCACUUGUAUGAAGAAUUCACAGAAAGCUGCCAAGUAUUUAAAGACAUUUCAUAUGAUCCUACUGACUGUGCCUAUAAGGAAUUUGAAAAUAACUAUGUUGAAUUCAAGGGAAAAGUACUGGAUUUUGACACACAGCUUGCGUCACUGCUUUGUGAAGCUUUCAACGAUUGUUCCGGUUUAGAAUCGGCAUUCAAGGUGCUGGCUAUUUCAGGCUACUAUCUUGAAAGGCCAGUUAUAUUGGACAUAUUCAAUACAAAUUAUUUUGCGCUACUGAUGAUGUACAACGAUGAGCUAGACAGAUGCAAGCAGGUGUAUGAUGAACAUGUUAAACAGGAGGAAAAUGAUGUUGUACACAAAAAUAUGCCAGUUACCUGUGGUAUUCUGAAAUGGACAAGAGAACUCAAAGACCGGAUCCAGACAUUGUGGUCAAAUUUCAGAUUCAUUCAGCAUCCGAGCAUGGAAAGUCCUGAAGCUUCAAUUGUUUAUCAAAAAUAUAUGGAGAUGAUGACGUUACUUGACCAACACGAAGAAUUGGCCUACGAUAAAUGGAAAUCUAAAGUGGAUAAUGUGUGUGAAUUUAAUUUGGAUAGACCACUCAUCAAGCGUAAUUUGGAAGAUGGGCUUUUGAGUGUGAACUUUGACCAAAAGCUGGUUGCCGUGUUACGAGAAGUGAAAUAUUUACAGAUAUUAAAUCAAACAGACAUCCCCACGGCAGCAUUGUUUAUAUUUGAAAAAAGAGAGCUCUUGCAUAAGUAUAUUGGGAACUUAGAACUCAUUGUUCAGUGGUACAACAAACUAAAACAAACUGUAUUGGAAGUUGAAUAUCCCUUGAUCAAGGAAGACAUGAAGUUUAUUAAUGCGCAACUCAAGAGUGCGGAGGAGCUGUACACCUGGAAUCACGAGGACUGCUGGGAUUACAUUGUUACAAUGAAAACCAUCGUUCAUGACCUGGAACAAAGAGUACAACAGUCAAAAGAUAACAUAGAAGCAAUCCAACAUAUCAUGAAGACUUGGGCAGAACAGCCUCUGUAUUCAAGAAAAGACAAUAAGAAGGAUGCCCUGAUAAAUCUAGAUGACAAAAAGGAAAGACUGUAUAAGAAAUACAAAUCAAUGCAAGACGAUGGACAAAAAAUUCAAAAUCUUGCAUGGGAAAACAUGAAACUCCUUAAGGCCGAUCCUGAGUCAGACUCAUGGAAAAUGUACGUAGAGUACAUUGAUGAUAUUGUAAAUGAUGGUUUAUACCAUGCAAUCUUGCAUUCCUUGCAAUUCUUUAUGGAAAACACAGAGGAAAAAUUAAAGCCAGCUCCUUUAUUUGAGGCACAAAUGAGUCUUCACACCAACGAAAUAUUUUUCAAGCCUUCAUUACAAAAAGAAGAUGGGGAUGGAUUGUAUGACCUGAUGGAAGAGCUUUUAGGUGACAUUUUUAAAAUGUCUGGGCAAGUAAAACGGAUUGCCAAUCAUUUUGAAGCCAACAACUACCAGAAUGACAUGGAUGAAAUGAUAGAUCUCUCAGAAAUCCGGCAGGAAAUUAUGGAAAAAGUUACCACUGUUAUCAACAAAGUGACAGAUUACAAGAGUACGUUUGAUUCCUAUUCCUACUUGUGGACAGAUGACAGAACUGAGUUCAUGAGGCAGUUUCUCCUGUAUGGUCAUGUGUUAACCUCAGAGGAAAUUGAGGCGCACGCAGAUGACCAUGUGCCUGAAAGCCCCCCUACUAUUGAACAAUUUAAGGAACAGAUUGACCUUUACGAAAAUCUGUAUAUUCACAUUAACUCCUUAGAUGAUUCCAAAGUUUUUGAAAACUGGUUUAGGGUAGACGUGAGGCCUUUUAAAACCUCCACGCUCUUAGUCUUAAAGAGGUGGAGUUGGAUGUUUAAAGAACACCUUCUAAGAUUUGUCACUGACAGCCUGAUUGACUUGGAAGAAUUUAUUAAGGUGACGAAUGCUGGUCUGCAGGAGAACGUUCCUAAAGGAGAUUAUAAGGCUCUUGUGGGUGUCAUGGAGCUUCUCCUCGCUGUUAGAGACAGGCAGGUGGCAACGGAUGAACUAUUUGAGCCCCUCAAGCAGACCAUUGCCUUGCUGGAAAGUUAUGGACAGAAACUGCCAGACCAGAUAUACACCCAAUUAGAGGAACUACCAGAAAAAUGGAACAACACCAAAAAAAAUGCAGUUUCCAUGAAACACGAUCUUGCCCCUCUUCAGAUAUUGGAGGUUUCCAUUAUCAGGAAAAGAUGUGCUGCUUUCGAUGUGAAGCAGAUAGAUUUCAGAGAUAUGUUUUGUUUGGAUGCACCCUUCAAGUACAAUGUGCAAAAGCCAUAUGCUCGUCUGGAUAAAGCAAAUCACGACAUAUGUGUUCUGGAGGAAGAGUUGCAAGAGAUCCAAGAAUCUGCAGACCUAUUUGAAGUUGCAGUUCCAGACUACAAGCAAAUGAAAAAAUGUCGCACAGAGAUAAAACUCCUGAAGGAGUUGUGGGACAUUAUUUUCAAUGUUAGGAACAGCAUUGAAGACUGGGUUAAAUCUCAGUGGAGGCAGAUUAAUGUGGAACAGAUGGAUGUUGAGCUAAGAAGGUUUGCAAAGGAAAUGUGGUCACUGGACAAACAAGCCCGGUCAUGGGAUGCGUAUGUGGGUUUGGAUCUUACUAUAAAAAAUUUGAUAACAUCGCUGCGGGCUGUAACAGAUUUACAGAACCCGGCAAUCCGAGACAGACACUGGAAUCAGCUGAUGGCCGCAACAAAGGUGAAGUUUUCAAUGACUGAACAAACUACGUUAUCAGAUUUACUCGCUCUGCAGUUGCACAAGGUAGAAGAUGAAGUCCGGAACAUUGUGGACAAAGCAGUGAAGGAGAUGGGGACUGAAAAAAUACUUUUGGAGAUUAGUCAGACUUGGAGCUCCAUGCAGUUUUCAUAUGAGCGACACCAUAGAACUGGAACCCCUCUAAUAAAAACGGAUGAGCAGAUCUUUGAAACGCUGGAUAGCAAUCAGGUGCAACUGCAAUCGAUUAUGCAAAGCAAGUAUGUUGAGUAUUUUAUUGAACAAGUAUCAAGCUGGCAGAAAAAGCUGAACCUAGCUGAUUCAGUGAUUUAUAUUUGGAUGGAGGUCCAGCGCACAUGGUCACAUCUAGAAAGCAUCUUCAUCGGCUCUACUGAUAUCAGAAGCCAGCUUCCUGAAGAUGCUAAAAGAUUUCACGGAGUAGAUGCAGACUUUAAGGCACUAAUGCUGGAGACUGAGAAAAUACAAAAUGUUUUGGAUUCAACAAGCCAGCCCGGUCUUUAUGAAAUUCUUCAAGAUUUGCAACUCAGGCUUUCUCUUUGUGAAAAGGCACUGACGGAGUAUCUGGAAACUAAACGUUUAGCUUUUCCGCGCUUCUAUUUUGUUUCAUCAGCAGACUUGCUUGAUAUUCUGUCAAAUGGAACCCAGCCUAAGAAGGUGACACGCCACCUGGCCAAACUUUUCGACAACAUCGCUGACCUUCAGUUUCAAGACGUUGAAAAAGAAGAGACAAUUUUAGCAACAGGGAUGUUUAGCAAAGAAAAAGAAUUGGUUUUAUUUAAUGUGGCUUGCCAAUGCACUGGACAGGUGGAACACUGGCUAAAGAAAGUGGAAGAGACCAUGUGUGAAAGUGUGCGCUAUCACAUCACAGAGGCUGUGAGUGCUUAUGAGGAGAAGCCAAGAGAUCAGUGGGUUUUCGACUUCCCAGCCCAGGUGGCACUGACCAGUUCUCAGAUCUGGUGGACCAUUGACGUUGGAAUUGCCUUUGAUAGAUUGGAAGAAGGGUUUGAAACAGCGUUGAAGGAUUUUAACAAAAAACAGAUUUCCCAGUUAAAUGCCCUGAUUAACAUGUUAGUGGGAGAACUCUCAGCUGGCGACAGACAGAAAAUUAUGACAAUAUGUACAAUAGAUGUUCAUGCUCGAGAUGUGGUAGCAAAGCUUAUUAGUCAUAAGGUAACCAAUUCCCAAGAUUUUGCUUGGCUUUCUCAACUGCGACAUCGCUGGGAUGAAAAGGACAAACAUUGCUUUGCCAACAUAUGUGAUGCUCAGUUCCAGUAUUCUUAUGAGUAUUUGGGCAAUACAGCCCGACUAGUCAUUACACCUUUGACUGACAGAUGCUACAUUACCCUUACUCAGUCCCUGCACCUGACUAUGAGUGGGGCCCCUGCUGGCCCAGCUGGGACAGGCAAAACCGAAACCACUAAGGAUUUAGGGCGCGCACUUGGGGUGAUGGUUUAUGUUUUCAACUGCUCUGAACAGAUGGAUUAUAAGUCCGUCGGAAACAUAUAUAAAGGCCUGGCACAGACAGGGGCCUGGGGAUGUUUUGAUGAGUUUAACAGAAUUGCUGUUGAAGUUCUAUCAGUGGUGGCGGUUCAAGUGAAAAGUAUUCAAGACGCCAUCCGAAACAAGAAAAACAGAUUUCUGUUCCUGGGAGAAAACAUCACAUUGAAGCCAUCAGUGGGAAUAUUUAUCACUAUGAAUCCUGGCUACGCCGGUCGGACCGAGCUCCCUGAGAAUCUCAAGGCUCUCUUCAGACCAUGCGCUAUGGUUGUUCCAGACACUGAGUUGAUUUGUGAGAUAAUGCUUGUUGCUGAAGGCUUCAUUAAUGCUCGACCGCUAGCCAGGAAAUUUAUAACGCUUUACACGCUAUGCAAGGAGCUGCUUUCCAAACAGGAUCAUUAUGACUGGGGACUGCGUGCCGUGAAAUCUGUCCUGGUGGUGGCAGGUUCUCUCAAACGAGGAGACAGCAAAAGACCUGAAGACCAGGUGCUCAUGAGAGCUUUAAGAGACUUCAAUCUACCGAAGAUCGUAACAGAUGAUGUGCCCAUUUUCAUGGGUCUAAUCAGUGACCUGUUUCCAGCAUUGGAUGUACCUAGAAAAAGAGACCUUCCCUUUGAACAGAUGGUUAAACAAUCUACAUUGGAGCUUCACUUGCAGCCCGAGGAGAGUUUUAUUCUCAAAGUUGUCCAGCUGGAAGAGCUGCUCGCUGUACGUCAUUCUGUCUUUGUGGUCGGAAAUGCAGGAACAGGAAAAAGCAAGGUAUUGAAAGCUUUGAAUAGGACGUAUAUAAACAGCAAGCGGAAACCCGUGUGGAAUGAUCUGAACCCGAAAGCAGUUACUACUGAUGAACUUUUUGGCUUCAUUCAUCCUGCUACAAGAGAAUGGAAAGAUGGACUUUUGUCAUCUCUUAUGAGGGAACAGGCCAAUCUUUCUCAUGAUAGUCCAAAGUGGAUUGUUCUUGAUGGUGACAUAGACCCAAUGUGGAUUGAAUCACUUAAUACUGUUAUGGAUGAUAAUAAGGUCUUGACACUUGCCAGCAAUGAGAGAAUUCCAUUGACUCCAACCAUGCGUUUGCUCUUUGAGAUCCACCAUUUAAGGACAGCCACACCUGCCACGGUUUCCAGAGCAGGGAUUCUGUAUGUUAAUCCUCAAGAUCUUGGUUGGAGCCCAUAUGUGGCCAGCUGGAUUGAAACCAGAAGUAACCAAACUGAAAAGGCUAAUCUCACUAUUCUUUUUGACAAGUACGUCCCAUCAUGCCUGGACCAGUUCAGGGCAGGGAUUUUUAAAACCGUCACCCCGAUUUCAGAUAACAGUAUGGUGCAGACACUUUGUUCUCUGCUAGACUGCCUUUUAACCCCGGAAAAUGUUCCUCCUGACUCGAGCAAAGACCUCCACGAGUUAUACUUUGUGUUUGCAUGCAUCUGGGCAUUUGGUGGAGCACUGCAUAGAGACCAGCUGGUGGAUUACAGAGCUGAUUUCAGUAGAUGGUGGAUAAAAGAAAUGAAAACUGUGAAGUUCCCAUUGCAAGGAAGCAUUUUUGAUUAUUACCUGGACAAUAAAACCAGGAGGUUCAUGCCAUGGAGUGACAAGGUCCCCAAUUUUCAAAUGGAUCCAGAUACCCCACUGCAGGCAGUUUUUGUUCAUACAGCUGAAACCACUUGCCUUGGAUAUUUUACGGAUCUCCUGAUACAAAAAUCCAAGCCAGUUUUGCUUGUUGGGGGAGCAGGAGUGGGAAAGACCGUGUUCCUGAGCGACAGACUGGCUUCUCUGUCUGAUCUGUACCUUAUAUCCAAAGUGCCCUUCAACUAUUAUACUACAUCAGCUGCUCUACAAAGGAUUCUUGAAAAGGCUUUAGAGAAGAAAGCGGGACGGAACUAUGGCCCAAUAGGAAAUAAAAGGCUUGUUUACUUCAUUGAUGAUAUGAAUAUGCCUGAAGUUGAUAAAUAUGGAACUGUUCAGCCUCAUGCCUUGAUCCGGCAACAUAUUGAUUAUGGACACUGGUACGAUAGGCAAAAGAUGACUCUAAAGGAAAUUCACAACUGCCAAUAUGUUGCUUGUAUGAAUCCAACCUCUGGAAGCUUCACCAUUAAUCAGCGGUUACAGAGACAUUUUGCAGUGUUUGCCGUUAAUUUCCCUACAAGCGAUGCCUUAGAAGCAAUCUUUUCCAAGAUCCUGAGUUUUCACUUCCAGCGAUAUUCUUUCAGCCCACCCAUCCUGAGAACUGGCCCAGCAUUGAUUCAGGCCGCAAUGUGGCUCAACCAAAAGAUGGUCCAGAACUUCCUUCCAACAGCUAUUAAAUUUCAUUAUAUUUUUAACUUAAGGGAUAUCGCCAACGUAUUCCAAGGAAUUUUGUUUGCUACCCCUGAUUGUCUCAAACAGCCAAAUGAUCUGGUGGCCCUGUGGCUACAUGAAUCCUCUCGUGUUUAUGGGGACGUGUUGGUGGAAAUGAAGGAUUAUGAUCUGUUUAAGAGGAUUCUGCAUGAUACCGCACGCAGAUAUUUUGAAGAUCUAGACGACCAAGUCCUGUCUCGACAGCCUCUCAUAUUGUGUCACUUCGCCAAUGGGGUUGGUGCUCCUUCUUAUUUGCCGGUGCAAAGCUGGGACUCCCUGCGGAAAACCCUUGUAGAGGCUCUGGACAGCUACAACGAACUCAAUGCUGCAAUGGACCUUGUGUUGUUUGAAGAUGCAAUGCAACAUGUGUGUCGAAUUAGCCGCAUUUUAGAAUCUCCACGGGGUUAUGCUCUACUAAUUGGUGUAGGUGGUAGCGGCAAGCAAAGUCUGUCUAAAUUAGCUGCCUUCAUCAGCUCCUUUGAAGUCUUUCAAAUCACUUUAAAGAAUGGAUAUGGUAUCCAAGAUCUGAAGGUGGAUCUUGCCAAUUUGUACAUCAGGACAGGAGCCAAGAACAUGCCCACUGUGUUUUUGCUGACAGAUGCCCAGGUUCCAGAUGAACGCUUCCUUGUUCUGAUUAAUGACUUGUUGGCAUCAGGAGAGGUUCCUGACCUAUUCAGUGAAGAGGAAGUUGAUACUAUUAUAUCUGGGAUUCGAAAUGAAGUACGAGGGCUUGGACUUGAUGACUCCAAGGAAAAUUGUUGGAAGUUCUUUUUGGAAAGAGUUCAACUUCAACUAAAAGUUAUUUUGUGCUUCUCUCCAGUUGGUUCCACUCUACGAAUUCGAGCGCGGAAGUUCCCAGCUCUAGUUAACUGCACAGCUAUUGACUGGUUCCAUGAGUGGCCACAGGAGGCCCUGCAAUCUGUCAGCAGGAGGUUCAUUCAAGAGACUGAGGGGAUUGAGCCCAACGUCAAGGACUCAAUCAGUCACUUUAUGGCAUACGUACACACCAGCGUCAAUGAAAUGAGCAGGAAAUACUAUCAAAAUGAAAGGCGGUAUAACUACACCACUCCAAAAAGCUUUCUUGAACAAAUUACGUUGUACAAAAAUCUGCUGGACAGAAAACGUAGAGAAUUGACUCAGAAAAUAGAGCAUCUAUUGAGUGGAUUGCAAAAACUUAAAACAACUGCGUCACAGGUAGAGGACCUAAAAGCCAAACUUGCUUCUCAAGAGGCCGAACUGCAGCAGAGAAAUCUAGAUGCCGAGGCUCUAAUUGCUAAGAUAGGGCGUCAGACUGAGAAAGUGAGCCAAGAGAAGAAUAUCGCUGAUGCAGAGGAGCAAAAGGUUGCAUUGAUACAGGAAGAGGUGUCCGUAAAACAGAAGGACUGUGAAGAGGACUUGACUAAAGCUGAACCAGCAUUAAUAGCAGCCACAACAGCUCUCAAUACCCUUAACAAGAUGAAUCUCACAGAGCUAAAAACGUUUCCAAAUCCACCACUUGCAGUCACCAACGUUACAGCUGCCGUAAUGGUUUUGCUGGCACCCAAGGGCAGGGUUCCUAAGGACAGAAGCUGGAAAGCUGCCAAAGUGUUCAUGGGAAAGGUUGAUGACUUUUUGCAAGCGCUAAUAAAUUACGACAAGGAACACAUCCACGAAAACAGCUUGAAAGUGGUAAAGGAGCAGUACUUGAAAGAUCCAAAGUUUAAUCCAGAUCUUAUUCGCACAAAAUCAUUUGCUGCAGCUGGUCUCUGUGCAUGGGUCAUCAACAUUGUUAGGUUUUACGAGGUAUAUUGUGACGUGGAGCCUAAACGCAGAGCACUAGCUCAGGCCAAUGAGGAUCUCGGUGGAGCUACCGAAAAGCUGGAAGCGAUCAGAAAGAAGCUUCAUGAGCUAGAUAAGAAUCUGAAAAGACUUACCGUCUCCUUUGAAAAGGCAACAGCUGAAAAAGUCCGUUGUCAGGAAGAAGUAAAUCGAACUAACAAAACUAUUCAGUUGGCCAACAGACUUGUAAAAGGACUAGAAUCAGAAAACAUACGCUGGAGUGAAUCAAUUAAGACUUUUGAAGCUCAGGAGAAGACACUAUGCGGAGAUGUGCUGCUGACAGCUGCUUUUGUGUCUUAUGUUGGAUCCUUCUCAAAGCACUAUCGACGGGAGCUGAUGGAACACAUGUGGAUCCCAUUCCUAAAAUCUCAAAAGGUUGUCAUUCCAGUAAGUGAGGAUCUUGACCCAAUCGCCAUGCUGACUGAUGACGCGACAGUCGCUGCAUGGAAUAAUGAAGGCUUGCCUGGAGACAGAAUGUCAACUGAAAAUGCCGCUAUCUUAAUGAACUGUGAGCGAUGGCCUCUUAUGAUAGACCCACAGCAACAAGGCAUUAAAUGGAUUAAGAAUAAAUAUAAUGUUGACUUAAAAGUUAUAAAUUUAGGUCACAAAGGUUAUCUGAAAACCAUUGAAUCGGCUUUGGCAUCAGGCGACACCAUCUUAAUUGAAAAUCUGGAUGAAACAGUUGAUCCAGUACUCGACCCUCUCCUUGGAAGAAACACUAUUAAAAGGGGCCGGUAUAUAAAGAUUGGGGACAAGGAGUGUGAUUACAACAAGAAUUUCCGUCUCAUCAUUCACACAAAGCUUGCAAAUCCACACUAUAAACCUGAACUACAGGCUCAGACCACACUUAUUAACUUCACCGUCACUACGGAUGGGCUUGAAGACCAGCUUCUGGCCGAUGUGGUCAGUGUGGAGAGACCUGACCUGGAGAGUCUUAAGUCAAUGAUAACAAAGCAACAGAACGACUUUAAAAUAGAGCUGAAGCGUCUGGAAGAUGAGCUCCUGAUACGCCUGUCAGUGGCCGAGGGCAAUUUCCUAGGAGACAUGGAGCUGGUGGAGAAACUGGAGUCUACUAAAAGCACAGCCGCCGAAAUAGAGCAUAAGGUGGUUGAAGCAAAGGAGACUGAAAUAAAAAUUAAUGAAGCCAGGGAGCAUUACAGACCUGCUGCAGCCAGAGCGGCUCUUCUUUAUUUCGUUAUGAGCGAUCUUCGUAAAAUCAAUCCUAUUUAUCACUUCUCACUAAAGGCUUUCAAUAUGGUUUUCCAUAAAGCCAUAAUACGUGCAGAACAGUCAGAAGAUGUCACCGAGAGAGUUGUCAAACUCACGGAAUGUAUCACAUACGCCACUUUUCUAUAUGUCAGUCAAGGACUUUUUGAAAAGGACAAGCUGACAUUUAUUUCCCAGGUUGCAUUUCAGAUUCUUCUAAAACUUAAAGAUAUUGACUUAUUGGAACUGGAUUUUCUUCUUCGGUUUCCUGUUGAGAAUACGUACAGAAGUCCUGUUGACUUUUUGACUGUUCAGUCUUGGAGCGCCAUUAAGAUGAUUUCGACAAUGGAUGAAUUCAGAGGGCUAGACAGGGAUAUUGAAGGAUCUGCCAAACGCUGGAAAAAGUUGGUUGAAUCGGAAACCCCAGAGAAAGAAAAAUUUCCACAGGACUGGAAAAAUAAAACAUCGUUACAAAAACUUAUUAUGCUGAGAGCGCUACGUCCCGACAGAAUGACUUACGCAAUACGAAACUUUGUGGAAGAAAAACUUGGAUCAAAGUACGUAGAGAGUACACGACCAGACCUGGCAAAAUCCUAUGAAGAAACCAGCCCUUCCACCCCUGUGUUUUUCAUCCUGUCUCCUGGUGUAAACCCACUAAAAGAUGUGGAGUCAUUGGGUAAGAAACUUGGCUUCACUAUUGAUUCGGGCAAAUUUCAUAACAUAUCAUUGGGUCAAGGUCAAGAGAAGGUAGCAGAAGAAGCGAUAGAUAAAGCUGCACAACAAGGACACUGGGUGAUUCUCCAAAAUAUCCAUUUAGUUGCCAAGUGGUUGCCUACAUUGGAGAAACUCCUUGAUCAGUGUAGUAAUGGAUGCCAUGAGGAUUAUAGGGUAUUCAUUAGUGCUGAACCGGCAUCAACUCCAGAAGAGCACAUUAUCCCACAGGGAAUACUUGAAAAUUCCAUCAAAAUUACCAAUGAACCACCAACUGGAAUGUUAGCAAACCUGCAUGGAGCACUCUAUAAUUUUGACCAGGAUACCCUUGAAAUGUGUGCCAGAGAACACGAAUUUAAAAGUAUCCUCUUUUCACUAUGCUACUUUCAUGCGUGUGUUGCUGGUAGACUUAAAUUUGGUCCUCAAGGCUGGAACAGAAUCUACCCUUUUAACGCAGGAGAUCUGACAAUAUGUGUCAAUGUUCUUUAUAACUAUUUGGAAUCAAAUACCAAGGUUCCAUGGGAAGACCUGCGUUACCUCUUUGGUGAGAUUAUGUAUGGUGGACACAUAACAGACGACUGGGACAGAAGGCUAUGUCGUACUUAUUUGGAAGAACUUAUGAGCCCAGCCAUGCUUGAAGGGGAUCUAGCGCUGGCUCCUGGGUUCCCUGCUCCUCCUAACCUGGAUUACGUUGGAUAUCACGACUACAUUGAUGAAAUGCUCCCUGCAGAAAAUCCGGUACUGUACGGGCUCCAUCCUAACGCAGAGAUCGAAUUUUUAACAGUAACAUCAGAUAACCUCUUCAAAACCAUUCUAGAAAUGCAGCCCAAAGAUACAGUUCUUGGAGAAGGAUCGGGAAUGUCGGUAGAAGAAAAGGUGAAAAAUAUUCUUGAUGAUAUUUUGGAAAAACUUCCAGAAGAAUUUAAUUUAUCUGAAAUAAUGCAGAAAACAACCGAAAGAAGUCCAUAUAUUCUUGUUUGUUUCCAAGAAUGCGAAAGGAUGAAUAUUCUAAUGCGAGAGAUAAGACGUUCACUAAAGGAACUGGAUUUGGGCUUGAAGGGUGAGCUCACAUUUUCUUCUGAAAUGGAAGCACUGCAGCUGGCUCUCUACUAUGAUACCGUUCCGGAAUCAUGGACAAAAUUAGCCUAUCCAUCGACAUAUGGACUGGGGCAAUGGAUCAAUGAUUUACUCCUUCGAUGUCGUGAACUUGAUACCUGGACUCAGGACCUUGUUUUACCGGCAGUGGUAUGGCUUUCUGGGUUCUUCAACCCACAAUCAUUCUUAACAGCAAUAAUGCAAAGCAUGGCACGGAAGAAUGAAUGGCCACUAGAUAAGAUGUGUCUGACAGUUGAUGUAACAAAGAAGACAAAAGAGGAUUAUGGACACCCACCUCGCGAGGGCGCAUAUAUUUGUGGACUUUUCAUGGAAGGCGCUAGAUGGGAUGUACAAUCCGGGGUGAUAUCCGAGGCACGUCUCAAAGACUUGACCCCACCGAUGCCAGUUGUAUACGCAAGAGCUAUGCCAGUGGAUAAACAGGAAGUGAAGAACGUAUACGAAUGCCCCGUAUACAAAACUAAAAUCAGAGGCCCUACUUACGUUUGGACAUUUAACCUGAAAACCAAAGAGAAGCCAGCCAAAUGGGUAUUGGCUGGUGUGGCCUUGCUUCUAACAGUAUAGCCUUCAAACGAAAGCGCUCAGCAACAUUCUACCUCUUUCCAUUUUAGCCAUCACGUGUGAUAUUUACUUAUUUUAAUUAACUGAAGAAGUUUUGUGUACAACGAAUGACAUGAAAAGCCAGAAAAAAAAAAACUGGAUUUUUCUUUCAUUCUGAAAAACUAAAUGCUACGUAAAUUCAAAAUAAGGACCAUGCUUGUGAUUGGUAUGGACUGUGCCAACACAUUUUAAGCUACUCUUAAAAUAUAUGUUAUGUAUAUUGGUUUUUUUUAUGUUUUUACAUUGCUACACGCCAUGUUUCUUUACACCAAAGAGCUGGAACCAUAAUCCAAUAAUUGAAGCGAGUUUUAUCCGAGAACUGUUAACGCAUUUUCAGUCUUGCCGAAGCAUACUGUGGACAGGCACGCCGCGGUGUACGGAGGGAACAAAGUUAAGGGAAAAAGAAUAAUAUAGAAAAUAAACGAAUAGCGCAUUGCAAGAAUAAGAGAACAUUUAUAAUCAAAUAAAUUUGUAAAUCAUUUUACAAUCAUGUGAAAGUAAUAAAAA